CGAAUCUCUCUUGCCCUCUCCACCUGAAAAUGGAGUUUAAUCGGUCAAGUACAGAGAAGUCCCACCAAACAGUACAAACUUCAGAAGAUGCUCAGUACCAAGCUAAUUAUUCAGGCCAUGUUAUUAGGUCAUACACUUGCACUUUCUGCAAGAGAGGUUUCUCAAACGCACAGGCACUGGGUGGCCACAUGAACAUCCACAGGAAAGACAGGGCGAAGCUCAAGGAAUUUUCCGAAGGCAAUCAAACCCUUGUUUCUGACGACCCGUCGUCGGCCCACGUCGAAUCGAGCGAAGAGAAGUGCGGAAGCCCUAAAGGGCCAUGGGUUUUGUCGAAAGAGGACGACGAGGUUUCGAGGGGAAAAGAUGGCGCCCAUGGAGUGAAACAGCUCUGUCUGUUUGUUGAUCAUAGACUACAUCAAUCAUCAAGCGAGAUUAAUGAUGUGGAGAAAAGAGGCAGAGAGUCGAGUCAAGGCUCAUCGCGUGAUCAAGAACUGGACCUCGAGCUUCGGUUGGGGUUGGACCAGCCAUGAAAAAUCAAUCACAGGUACCUGCGGUUUAUUGUUUCUUUCAAAGGGGUUUGAAUUUCUUCAUAUCUUUCUUCGUUAACUUUAUAUUCUAUCUUCUUCUUCUUGUUCGCUUUGAGAAG